AUGUGUAACUGGAUUCAAUUUUGUAAGCAUAUUCAAACCAAUCCGUUAGCCACACCAUCUCAGUCUUCUGGUUUUAACUUUGGUGGUGCCCAAACACCUGCCAAACCUAACACACCAGCAUUCGGUAAUCAAGGUUCAACCACACCUGCAGCACCACCACCAAAUACCGGUGGCUUCUCAUUUGGUACUGGAAGCUCUGGAUUUGGUGCUUUUGGGAAGCCAGCUACACCUGGUGCACAAACAGCACAACCAGCACAACCAGCUCCUUCAGGUGGAUUAUUCGGUGGAAGCAGUUCAACUACACCUGCAGCAGCUCCUAAACCAACAGGCGGAUUCAAUUUUGGAGGUGGUUCUUCAUUUGGUGCUCAACAAGGCGGUGGUACCGGUUUAUUUGGUGCAUCCAAACCAGCUGAGAAUUCAACAACUCCAUCUGCACCUGCACCUGCAUCUGGUGGCUUUUCAUUCGGUGCUAAACCUGCAGAAGCACCUAAACCAGCUGGUGGUUUAGGUUUUGGUGGAUUAGGCUUGGGUGCUAAACCAGAGGAGAAGAAAGAAGAAGCUCCUAAACCAGCCGGCGGUUUCACAUUCGGUGCAUCAAAACCAGAAGAGAAGAAAGAUGAAGCACCUAAAACAAGCUUGUUUGGUGGCGCUGGAGGGUUUGGUUCUGCACCUGCAGCUCCAAAACCAGCUGAGAGUGCUCCAAAGCCAGCAUUCGGUCUUGGUGGCGGUUUCGGCGCUCCAAAGCCAGAAGAAAAGAAGGAAGAGCCAGCUAAACCUGCUGGUGGAUUCGCAUUCGGUGGAAAUACCCUAGGAAGCAAACCAGAAGAAAAGAAGGAUGAAGCACCAAAGCCAGCCGCAGGUGGCUUCACAUUUGGAAAUUUAGGCGGUGCUGAGAAGAAAGAUGAGGCUCCUAAGCCAACUGCAGGUACAUCUACUGGUGGAUUCGGUACUUUGGGUGGAUUUGGCGCUCCAAAAGAGCAACCAAAGGAGACACCUAAACCAUCAGGCGGUUUUGCAUUUGGUGGUUCUACUGCUGCUAAACCAGAAGAGAAGAAGGACGAAGCACCAAAGCCAGCAGGCGGUUUCUCAUUUGGCGGUUCAGCUUCAAAACCAGAUGACAAAAAGGACGAGGCAGCUAAACCAGCUGCAGGUGGUUUCUCAUUGGGUGGACUUGGCGCUUCAAAACCAGAAGAGAAGAAGGAUGAAGCACCAAAGCCAGCAGGCGGUUUUUCAUUUGGUGGUGCAGCUUCAAAACCAGAAGAGAAGAAAGAUACUACAACCAGCACAUCAUUCCAACUAGGUGGCGGACAAGAUAAGAAAGAUCCAUUAUCAGUUAGCGCUUUGGGCAAAUCUUCGGCUAAUGCAGAAGUAAAACCUGCACCAACACCUUCUUUAUUGCGUAAUAAAACACUCGAUGAGAUUACACAGAGGUGGACCACUGAGUUAGAAAAUCAACAAAAAGAUUUCUUCAGAUUAGGUAAUGAAGUUAAAGAAUGGGAUGGUGUUUUAAGAGAUAAUGCAGAACAAAUAUCGAGAUUAUACAAUCAAACAGUUAGUGCAGAACAAACACAACUAGCGGUUGAUCAAUCAUUGGAUUAUAUUGAAUCACAACAGAAAGAAUUAGAUGAAGUAUUGACUAGAUAUGAAAAAGAAACUGAAGAAUUAUUCGACGGUGAUAGUAAUCAAUUACAAUUAGGUGUUGCUGAUAAUGAGAGAGAGAAAUCUUACAGAUUGGCUGAAAAUGUUAAUGAACAAUUAGAUGAUUUAUCAAGAAAUCUGAGUACUAUGAUUGAUGAAGUUAAUCUCUUGUCUGGUGGUACGAACAAAUCUAAAGAUAAUGAAGAAGAUGCUCAACAAGAUGUUAUUGCGCAAAUUGCAGCUAUACUUAACGCCCACUUGAGUAGUUUACAGUGGAUAGAUGGUACAUCAUCAGAUCUAAUGGAAAGAGUAAAAGAACUUGAUGGUGUAGUUGGAAAUAUACAACAAAGUAAGACUUACACACCAAAUACAUCAACAGCAACGCCUUUACAACAGUCAAGAAGAGGUAGAGGUGGAUUUGGUUUGAGUACUUUAUCAAAUGUUUAA